AUGGUCGAUACGGCGGACAUCGAUUGGCAGAACAGCGCCUUCGCAUCCCGAGUGCAGCGAAUGCAGAAAGCUCGGGAUGAUGCAGCACUGGAGGAUAUCGAGUGCAAGGGACGUCGAUUUGCUGGCUCGUUAGAUGAUAAUAUGCGGGAAUUACUACCGAUAAAAGUGGGCAGUAAAGUAGUGAGGCAGGUACGAAUGGAGGAAGAUCUUGUGCCCAGUGAUGAAGAAGACACACAUACCGAAGUGAAAGAAGCCGGAGAAGCAGCCAGCAGCGUUGAUUUAUCGCAUUUAAGCGCUGCAGAAUUUUUGAAGUUGCGCAAUGAGCACCUGGAGAAGGCGAAAAAUCGGAUCAGCAGUUUGGCGUACACGAUUUUAGCGGAUCCACAGGACGAGGUACGUAAAUUAAAAGAUUUCUAUGCGCUGUGCACUGGUGAUGGUGUCAUGCCAGCGGUACGUGAAACUGUGAUGAAGCUAGCGAGCGUUUCGGUUGCGCAAGUUUUUAUUGAUAUUAUUCCAGGAUAUACAAUAAGAGCACGUUCUGAGGAAGAGAUGACACAGAAACUCAAAAAAGAAACAAGGAAACUGUUUGAUUACGAGCAAGCACUUCUACGCUAUUAUCUAAAAUAUCUGAAACACCUGGAAAAAUAUGCCGGAAAGCUUCUUCUGAAGACAUCCAGAGAAUGGGGAGAUAAGGAAAUGCCGUUUGUUUGCCUGAAGUGCCUUGGGAAACUUCUUGUCUCCGUUCCUCAUUUCAACUAUAUCUCAGAAAUAAUCCGUCUUAUUGUUCGAAUUGCCACAUCCGGUUAUAAACAAGCAACGGGCAUCUGCUGCGAUUCACUGAACGAAUUGUUUCGUAACGAUCUCAGUUUUCAAGCAACGGAAACAAUGAAUCACGUUUUUGCUACAUAUUUUCGCGUAAUUAAACGACUUUCAACAAGCAGCUUAUUGGAGCCAGUGCUGGAAGGCCUGGCAAAAUUUGCCCAUUUGAUCAGUAUUGAAUUCUUUGACGAUAUGGUUUCUGCACUGGCAGCUCUCCAUUUGCAAUUAAUCGACUCGCUGCGAUGCAUUUUUACGGUAUUUGUGAUACUUUCCGGAGAGGGUGUUGCGCUGAACAUCGAUCCAUUUCGAUUCUACUGGUCAAUGUAUCGUUUGCUUCCGGCUAUAGUAUUUGAAAAACUACCAGAUAAACGUGCAAGGAGUUUAUCACUGGCAUUGCAUACGUUGGAUUUGAUGAUUAAUUCUCGUCGCAAGCAAGUUCCGGUAGCUCGGGUAGCAGCAUUUGUCAAGCGGCUUUUGGCUCUGGCAUUUUUCUUGCCAGCCACUGAAACAUUGGCUGUAUUGCUGUGUGUACGAUCCUUUUUCAUUGCUUAUCCAAAGUUGCAUUGUAUGGUUGAAGACACGGAUGGCACUUCGUUUUCGGGAUCAUUUAAUUCCACUACCGAUGAUCCGGAUUGUUGUGGCGCUCUUUCUUCAUCGGUCAUCGUCGAAACUGAUAUGCUUUCAAAGGUUAUCCUCACUUUCUGGAUUCUCUAUUAUUUUUUAUCAAUUUGA